ACCCUAGACAAGCUGCCGGUCGAGCUACUCGAGAUGGUAACCAACAACUUGGGUCGUCCAAAGGACAUUGUGAAUCUAGCCCUCACCUGUGGCCGAUUGCGCCAAUUCGUGCAGCUCUAUGGCUGGGAAGCGUUUCUGAAAGGACGCUUUGGUCUGCUGAGACCCUCUGGCGAUGCGAAACAUACCGUGCACGGCUUGACAACUUUGUACCGCAAUUGGGAUAGAAAGGCCUUUACGGCGCGAUUUUUGGAACCUGGUGCCAAAGUGACCAGCCUCAAUUCCAGAGAGAAAACGAGAUGGAGAGGCCCACAAGGGCAGACGAUGGGCUAUCAGCCAAGUGUGGAUAGCUAUGAAGAGAUGGGCAGCGCAUGGGUGGAUAGGAAAGAGGUACUCGCUUGGUCGGCUGGGGCGAACAUUGUGAUCAGAGUCAAAGAGACGGGUCAUAAAGGUGCACGAGUGUGCCAGGAGAUGGGGAUUAAUGCCGACGACCCGCACGAGCCAGGCAUGUUUGGGCAUCCGAAUGCAUGGUACACGUACAAAAUUCCCGAAUCUUUUGAAGGACGAGAUGAUAUCACCGCACUGAAGCUUCUACGCCCGCAUCAAAAGAGUGGGGACUCUGAAUAUGCUGUGUUUGGAUCCGCGUCUGGAAGAUUGUCUCUACUGAGCGCCGAUCUGGAAGGGGGACGGGCGACAGAACAGCUCUACGACACCGGUCGUCGCACCGUGGGCUCAAUAUCCAUAUCUGCAGCAUCGGAAACAUUGAUAGCUGCUACGCUCGGCGACACCUCAAUCGCCCUCUACCCUGCACACUAUGAUCAGCCCAGCCAAGAUCCCAUCGAAGCUCUCAGUGAGGUCAGGCUCAUUGAACAGGGCAUGCGCGUGGGUCGCCUAUGGUCUACCAACUUCAUAUCGGAAUCAAAUGUCGCUAUCGGGCUAGGUCCCACGCUUGAACCAAUCCAGAUCUACGCCAUCACGUCCAGCGGCUUGACGGCAGAGCCCAUACGCAAGAUCAAUCUCAACUCCAGCCAUUCCAUGGAAUCUGGACACUCGGCUCGGCCAUACAACACUUCGGUUUACCCAAUCAUCCCCAUACCUACCGAGUCACAAGGUGGUUCGACUGAGGGUGUAUUCUUGUCAGGCGGAUACGACGGCCUCGUCCGCCUGCACGACCUCCGCUCGCCGCACGACUUCGAAACCAUUUUCUGGGACGUCACAAAUGACUCCGCGAUCUACUCGCUCGCGUGCCAAGGCCUCGAGCGCUUCGUCGCCGGAAGCUCUAUGCACAGCAUGCUCAAAAUCUUCGAUCUGCGCUUCCCCGGCUCGCACGCCUACCACAGCAUACCCCUCCCCACACCCACCCCGUCCAAAUCCAAAUCCCAAGACUACACGUACAGCGCCGUCAUCGAUCGCUUUCAGGACGCCGCCACCAAGCCCGUCACUGGCGGCUGGAAUGUCUUUCUCAGCCCGCGCAACAACACCCCCGGCGCCGCACCCCGGCAUCCCUACCGCCCCGGCCCGCGCACAGAGGACUCCCCUGUCUACAGCCUUUCCAUUCCCUCUUCCACCUCCCCAAAUAUCUACGCCGGCCUCGAGGGCGCAGUGCAAAACUUGCACUUUGUCAGCGUGCUAGACACACAUCCCGACCCUCUCCUCUCUUACGCGAAAGACCAUCUGCCUGAGUGGCAAGACCACAACGUCAAGCAGAUCUACAAUCCGCACAACGACGUGCUGAAUCUGGGCAUGUACGAGCAGGGUAGCGAAGAGGGGCUGGGC